AUGUCCAAACUCAUCUCUAUCAAACCCUACCCCAAGGGUUCCGCCGAAUUCGAAUCCGAACGCAAGAAAAUCGUCGACGACGUCUUGAAAAAAUUGCCCCAAGAUCUCAUUCUGCCCGACGAAAUUUUCGAAAACCCUCCUCAGAAUGUUAUAAACUUCCCGCGCGAGAGUGGACUCCUGACCAAAGAGGAACUGGAAAUAACCGAGAAUUAUGACCUCGUGGGUUUGGCUGAAGCGAUCGCGUCGAGGAGGUUAUCUUCGGUAGCGGUGACGAGGGCGUUUUGUCGGAGGGCGGCGAUUGCGCAUCAGCUCACAUUCUGCCUCACAGAAUUCUACAUGUCCGAAGCCCUCUCGCAAGCCGAGCACCUCGACCUCCACCUCGCCACAACGGGAAAACCCCUCGGCCCUCUCCACGGCAUCCCCAUCUCCAUCAAAGAAAUGAUCCCCGUCAAAAACCAACUCUCGUCCCUAGGCCUCAAAGUCACGCGACAAGUCAACACGGAAGAUUGUGUCACGACGCAGAUUUUGAGGGAAUUAGGGGCGGUGUUUUACGUCAAAACUCAUCAGCCCGCCGCGGUGUUGAGUGCCGAGUCUACAUCCUUCUUAGGCCGGACGUUGAAUCCGCAUAAUUUGAAUCUCGCGCCGGGAGGGAGUUCCGGGGGAGAAGGGGCUUUGUUGGCGAUGAGGGGGAGUGUGUUUGGGUUUGGAACGGAUAUUGGGGGAAGUGUUCGAAUCCCGGCAUCUUUUUGUGGGGUGUAUGGAUUCAAAGGUUCUGAUGGGUUUGUGCCGACUGAGAAGUUGUUAUCCGGGCCUUUUCCUGCUGGGAUGUUUGUUCCCGGGGUGGUGGGGCCGCUGGGACGGAGUUUGAGGGAUGUGGAUUUUGUUAUGAGAUGUGUGAGGGAGGUGAGGCCUUGGUUGAGGGAUCAGGAGGUUUUGCCGACGGUGUAUAGGGGUUUGAAGGGGGUUGAAGGGUUGAGGAAGGAGACAAUGAAGGUUGGACUUUUGCAGGAUUAUGGUGCUGUGCAGCCUCAGCCGCCGGUUCGUGAAGCGAUGGAGUGGGUUCAUAAGCAACUUACGAGCAAUCGGUUCAAGGUCUUGUCAUACACGUUCCCGGAGCCUCAGAAGGCACACAAGCUAUACUCCGAACUGCUAUCCACAGACGGUUGGACUGCGAUUCGCGGCGCCCUCCAAGCUGGCAAGGAACCGACAUUCCCAGUCUUCGAAGAAGUCAUCAAACAGCUCAUCGCCGAAAGUCCAGGCGCAGCCGAAGGCAAAGAAAGUUCGGCCUCACGCAUCGCCGACCUCAAAUGGCAGCGAGAUGUUUUGCGAGCCGAAUUUCUCGCCGACUGGAUUGCACAAGGGGAUCCAGAUAUUGUCAUCGCUCCGAUGAGUCCCGCUGCGCCUCAUGAUACGGCAGAUUUGGUGAGGAGUGUCAGUGGGACGCAUUAUUGGAAUUUGGUGGAUUAUCCGGCUUUCGUGGUGCCUACUCCGUUCCAUGUAAUGUCCAAGGCUUCGUAUAAUUCGGAGGAGUAUGAAGAUGUCAGGCCUCGCUCGAAAGAGGAUAUUGAUACUAAGGAGAUCUGGAGGAAGCAUGAUAUGGAGGGUGCUCCGAUUUGUUUGCAGAUUAUUGCGAAGCGACGCAUGGAGAGCGAGCUUAUUGCGGCGGUGGGUCUGAUUCAGCAGGCGCUAUGCUUGCCGUGA